AUGUCUCGAAAUUCAAGCCACGAACACUUCAUUACAGAAAGUGGAGAUGUGUUAGAAGUAAUCAGGGAGGAGCAAUAUUUCACGACUGUCUCAUCAGUUAAAAUAGAUGCCACUGGCAACACCAAAAUGGAUGCCACUGGCAGCACCAAAAUAGAGGCAAUGCCAGGAGAUCUCACAGCUGAAUGCACCUGUGCUAAACGGAAAGUGAAGGAAGAAUAUAUUUCUAACAAGGAAGAUAUCAAUAAAUUGCUCAAAGAAAAAGAAGAUUUGUUGAAAGCGAAGUAUAAGAAAGAUUUAGAUAAUGAAAUCAGAAUUUUAAAGAACAGAUUCGAUUUUAUUUUACAGAAUGAAGAAAUACGCACUUCCUACAUGCUAUGCGAAGCGCACAGAGAGCGGAAGGAGAAAAUUAGCGCCCUCCAAACCCAACUUGAAUGUAAGAAUCUGGCUGGACUCAUGUACGUGCUAUGCUCUGAGCGGAGAAGAUGCAAAUAUGAGAAGCUACAAAUGGCUCAAGAAUAUACGAAAUAUAUAGAAGUUCUUCAAGAUGCUUUAGCUGACGCGCAGGCAUUGAUCCUUCGACUCGUGCGAGGCUAUAAGAUUGCUUCAAAAGUUGAUGACGAGUGGCAAGUGAAGAUAAGAAGCAUUAUCAAAGAAGUGAUUGGUUGA